CUUAAUUAUGUAAUGAGAAAUAAUAAGAUAUAUUAUGAAUAAUAGUAUUAAAUUGUUAAACUAUUAGGUAAAGGUCUAAAGUUGGUUAGAUGUGUGAAAAAAUAAUUUGUUUAAUUAAGAGUUAGAUAUAUUCUUGAUCAUUCAAAUAUUAGACUAGUAUGCUUAGCUACCAGUUUUCAGCCAAGUAGUAAAAAUAUUUAAGCUCUCUAUAGCGAAAAUACCAGAAAUUAUAUAAAUAAAGAAAAAUGCAAAAUUUGGAUUUAAUUUAGAGAAUGAAAGUAGAUAAAUCAAAUAAUAAUAAAAGUGAC